AUGCGGAUGCUCGCAUAUGGAGCAUCCGCUGACUCCAUUGACGACUACGUUCGGAUCGGAAAAAGUACGUCGCUUGAGAGCGUGAAGAGGUUCGUUCAAUCGAUUAUCAACAUCUUUGGAGAGGAAUACCUUCGUGCACCGACUAAUGAAGACGUUGCACGCCUGCUCGAGGAAGGCUCACAACGAGGUUUUCCUGGUAUGCUUGGGAGCAUCGACUGCAUGCACUGGACAUGGAAGAACUAUCCAACUACUUGGCAAGGUAUGUAUACUGGACAUUUUCAUGAACCCACAAUUAUUUUGGAGGCCGUAGCUAGCAAAGAUCUUUGGAUAUGGCAUGCCUUCUUUGGACUGCCGGUGUCUCACAAUGACCUUAAUGUUCUACAUCGUUCACCGGUUUUCGCACAACUUGCGAAGGGAAGAGCUUCACUGUGA